GCAAAGUGAUGUUGUCACUUAGAGUCAGUUAGCAGUAGUGGAGGCCCAUAGCAGCCCGGGUGAAGUGCUGGUGUCAUUUGCACGAGGACAGUGGUCAUUUGUACAGACAUGGAUCGUGUGCUGAACAGUGCAGACAAAUACAUCCUCACUCCGUAUGUUUACCCGGCCUCAUGGCCCGAGGACGGAGCUCUGCGUCAGAUAAUCAGCCUGUGGGUGCUGACCAACCUGGGGGCGGAGCUCAUUUACCUGGGCUUUGGUGCGCUUAGCUUCUACUAUGUAUUUGACCACAAGCUCAUGGAACAUCCACUCUUUCUCAAGAACCAGGUAAAAAAGGAGAUUCAACUCGCAACUUCCUCCAUCUUCUGGAUGAGCUUCCCCACAGUGGUCAUUUUCUUCUUUGAGGUCAAGGGUCACAGCAAGCUUCUUGACAACAUAAGUGAAUGUCCUCUGGGCUGGCCGGGGGUAUUCCUGAGCAUUGCUGGUUUCUUGUUUUUUACUGAUAUGUGUAUCUACUGGAUACACCGGUUCUUGCAUCAUAAGAGCAUUUACAAGCACUUACAUAAGAAGCACCAUAUAUUCAAGAUCCCUACACCUUUUGCCAGCCAUGCUUUCCACCCACUCGACGGCUUCCUGACGAGCUUACCCUAUCACAUCUACCCUUUCAUCCUUCCCCUCCACAAGGGGGUCUACCUCUCACUCUUCAUCUUUGUCAACAUCUGGACCAUUUCUAUACAUGAUGGAAAGUACCUCAUCCCUGGCCCUCUUAUAUAUCUGAUCAAUGGAGCUGCUCACCAUGUAGACCAUCACCUCUUCUUUAACUACAACUACGGACAAUACUUCACGCUCUGGGAUCAUCUUGGGGGCUCCUACCGACACCCCUCAGCCCUGCUGGGGAAGGGGCCACAUGACUACAUUUGCAGGCCCACGGCAGAGGCUAAACAAACACAGUGAUGAUGGAGUUACAGUCAGGAUUUUAUUUCUGGUUUAAACCACUCAGAGAGGUUUCUAAAGAGAUGCUCAGCCUGCAUCAUGAUGGAUGAGAGACAACUGCAUUAGCUGCAAAACUAUCCAUUAAGAGCAGAAAUUACCUGUAGAGACGAUGAAAAGACAAUUGAUUGUUUUUCCAAAACAGAACUGUGUGGUUGUUUUUUUUUUUACAACGGUUAAAUGCACUGCCUACAACUUAGCUGGAAAAAAAGACUGCACCGCUGUGAAUACAAAUGAGCUUGGUUGAGGUCUAA